GUUGAAAGGAGAAGACCAAUCUGAACUGGUGACGACCGUGGACAAGGUGGUCUGCCUGGAAUCUGCCCGCCCCCGCAUGGGUGUUGGCUGCCGCCUGAGCCGGGCCCUGCUCACUGCUGUCACCAACGUGCUCAUCUUCUUCUGGUGCUUGGCUUUUUUGUGGGGGCUCCUAAUUCUCCUAAAAUAUCGGUGGCGAAAGUUAGAAGAGGAAGAACAGGCCAUGUAUGAGAUGGUGAAGAAGAUUAUAGACGUGGUCCAGGACCAUUACGUGGACUGGGAGCAGGACAUGGAGCGCUAUCCAUAUGUAGGCAUCUUGCACGUGCGCGACAGCUUGAUCCCUCCACAGAGCCGGUGAGUUCCUGGCCGGGGCGCUGGGUGUGGGGUGAGGCGGGGUCCAACCCCACUGAGCUCCACAGAAGGAAGCCCGGAGCCUUGCAUCCGAUGUCAGCCGAGGGCAGUGCAGACCCCAGGGCCAAGAGUGGUGCUGCUCAGCAUGCUCGGCUCUUUAUAGCAGGAUAAGCUAGAGAAGACGUAUGAAAGCACGGUCCCACACCUCUGUAGAGAGAACGCUGGCAGUGGUGAUACCAGUUGGGAGACUUUGGGCUCCAAGUAACAGCAGCCCCCUCCCCCAGGGCACAAGUAGUGAAGGAGCUCCUCCGUCUCUGUAAGUGGAAAGUUCAGAGCUGCAUGGGCUCCAGGCACAGAGCAGUCAGGUCUCCGGUUCCAUUGCUCUUGUGAUUCUCGUGGUCCCACACUCCUCCACGGAUGUUAUCAGCAGACUGGGAUCCCCCAUGGUUGCAGAUAGUGGCCAACAGCAGCUGGGACACUGGCCGCCUUGUCACAGAGCAGGGAAAGUGGGCCUCCUACUACUCUCAGAAGCAAGAGAACAUGUUCCCAGUCGCCCCCAGUGACACACUCCUGGAGGCUCUAUUGACCAGAAUCUGUUAUGUGUCUGUUUAUGAAUCAGUCACUGGCAAGGAGAAGGAGAUUGUUUUUCAAACUUUCUAAACCAUGACCUGCAGUCAAAAACACCUGUUACCUGCAACAUCAUGGUCCAGUUCCCACACACCCAUGUGCACACUCAUGCAUGUACACGUAACUGAAAGCCAAGUUUCACAGCAUGAAUGGGGUCAGCUCCCGGGGCACAGAGCUUCAUGGGAAGGGGUGGCAGGGCCACUGUCAUGUGCAGCUGCAGGCGCCUUCCACAUGGGCUGUGACUGCUAGAGUUGUAUACUGGAGUCCUGACAAAACCGGGCUGGGAGAGGGCAGAGUCCCAGGAGACAGCCAGCAGGACCCCCGCGUGUUGGCUCUGGUUGUGGUCCCUCCCCAGCAGACUCUUGCUGUGGUUUCUGGCCAGAUGCUAUCAUCUGCUGCUGGGUGUUGCUGAGAGCUCACCCUUGCUGAGUGCUCGCUGGGAGCCGGGCACCGCUCAGAGCUCUCCACAGGUGCAAACUCACUCACUUGGUCCUCACCAUGGCUCACACACACCACAGAAGUGGCCUUAUUUUACAUAUAAGGAAACUGUGCUCAGGAGUCCCAUGGCUAGUGGCAUUUCUGUGCUCCCACCACCAGGCUCUACUGUCGGCAUCAUCCCUAUCUGCAACCCAAGAGGAAUCAGAAAAAUAGAGCCUUUAGCAGUCCACUUUAAGUCAGGCACACUGGCUCACACCUGUAAUCCCAGCACUUUGGGAGGCCAAAGUGGGAGGAUUGCUUGAGCCCCGGAGUUCAAGACCAGCCUGGACAACAUAGCGAAACCCCAUCUCUACAAAAAAUACACAAUUAGUGGAGCAUGGUGACACAUGCCUGUAGUCCCAGCUACUCAGGAGCCUGAGGCAGGAGGAUCACUUGAGCCCAGGAGGUCAAGGCGACAGUGAGCUAUAACUAUGCCACUGCACAUCAGCCUGGACAACAGGCCAAGACCUUGUCUCUUAUA